ACCAGUUCAACCCACCACCACCACCCUCGCCGCCGGGGAUCCUUCCGCCUCCGCCUCCGCCUCCGCCCCCGCCCCCGCCCCGCCGCGGCGGUCACUCCGCUUACAGACCACGCCAAGGCCAAGCCAUCCAGCUACGAAAUCCUUCGCGUUCCCCUCCCGCUUCUCGCCCAAAAAACCCUAAGCCCCGACCGCCUCCACGCGCGCCACGGCCAUGGGGGCGCCGCGGGAGCUGGACCUCUCCGACGAGGUCGAGGGCGACCACGACGGCACCACUGACUUCGUCUUCCGCCUCACCGGCGACCCCAUCCCGCUCCUCCCGACCGACUCCUCCCCGCUCCCGCUCUUCGACCUCCAGUCCCCUCCCGCGCGCCCGCUCGCUAUCUCCGACCGCCACGCCGCCGUCUUCCUCGCCCACCCAAACGGGUUCAUGGCCGUGAGGACCAAGGAGCUCAUCGAAGCCAGCAAGGAGGCGCGCGACAAGGGCAAGGCCAGCACCCGCUGCGCGCAGGACUGCUGCAUCGCCGACGUGCCCCUCCCCGGUGUCUCCCUCCUCGCGCUCUCCCAUGACGACUCCGUGCUAGCCGCCUGCACGGACAAUGAGAUCCACUUCUUCUCCUUGGCGUCUCUGCUCACUCAUAAGGAUGUGGUACCAUCAUCAUCAUGUAGCCUGGGACGAGCUGGCACCGUGAAAGACUUCAAGUGGUUAAAUCAUGCCUCUGCAGCAUAUGUCGUACUAUCGAAUGGUGGGUUGCUGUCUCAUGGGAGUUUGGGCAAAGGUCUUGAGGAUGUGAUGGGAAAUGUUGAUGCAGUUGACUGUUGCAAGGAAGGAAAUCAUAUUGCCGUUGCAAGAGAGAACAAACUUACCAUAUUAUCAUCAGAUUUUAAGGAAACGUGCUGCAUGUCCAUCCUGUUCCAGUUGUGGUCUGAUGAAAGUGAUUCAGAGGGCACUACCAUCAAAGUGGAUUCCAUUGGCUGGAUACGUGAUGAUAGUAUUGUUAUCGGUUGUGUUCGAUUAAAUGAAGAUGAUAAUGAAGAAGGCUAUCUUGUUCAAGUUAUAAGGAGUGAAGAAAACACAUUUUGUGAGAGCCCAGGCAAGCCAGUUGUUUAUACCUAUGUGGAUUUCUUCAACGGCAUGAUGGAUGAUGUUUUACCAUCUGGAUUUGGACCUAAUCUGCUAUUGGGUUGUAUGCGUCGCUGGGAUCUCGUGGUGGCUUCGAAUAGAAAGAGCAUUGAUGAGCACAUUGCCCUUCUAAAGUGGCCGUCCACACAUGAUGAGGAAAAAACUGUAAAAUGUCUUGAAAUGUUGGAGGAUAAAUACAGUCCUAGGAUUGAUUUGCAAGAGAAUGGCGAUGACAAUGUCAUACUAGGGUUUGGUGUCGAGAAUGUUUCAUUAUUUCAAAUGAUCACUGUGACAGUAGGACCCGAACAAAAGGAGGUUGCCCCUCAACAUAUUCUACUCUGUUUGACUGGUGAAGGCAAACUAGUUCUAUAUUAUCUUGCCAGGAUUUCGGACCCUUCUGAUUUACCUCAUACUACUCUGUCUACCAAUGAGGACUGUGGUGAAAAACAGAUUUCACCUGCACCUGUAUCUGAAAAGGAGUUUACUCCAAGUGUUACAGGCUCAGUAUCUAAGAGUAUUCUUACUGAACAUGGUGCUGAUCCCUCUAGUGCACAAACAGGUAGCAACCAGCAGGAAUCAAUGGUUAUGAAAAAUAGUUCUUUGGUUUCAAAAAAACAGGAAACAACUGGCAAUUCCUUGCUUACCUCUUCUGAUAAGAAGCCAUUAGACACCAAGCAACUGAAUGUGACUGCUGCACUCGCAACCGCACCUAGUUUAGCACUAACAGGAAACACAAAACCUGCAAUGUCUUUCAGCUUUUCUACUGUAAAUAAUGAAGGCACAAAUCCAACAGGAAGCAAGGCACCUAGUGGAUUAGCUCCUUCAUUGCAACCAGGCAGCAGCAGUUUUGGAAACAGCCAGAGUGGUAAAAGAGGCCUGGAUUCAACCCAAUCAGUGGGGACAUUUGGUGGAUCUCAGAACUCCAAUAAAGAUGGUGGUGGCUAUAGUUUGAAAUCAUCAUUGUUCGCCUCUAGUGGAUCAGUCCCUGCCAAGAUCGGAGAAAGCAAUGAGGCUGGUUUUGGAAAUCCUUCGCCGCAAACCAGCUACACUGUUGAUAGCUACACUGUUGAUGGGAAAGUAUUUGGUCCUCCAGUUGCCUUAAGUCCCGGACCUUUACCAUCCAUAUCUCCAGCUAAACCUUCCCUAAUUGGAUCUUCAUCAAGUGGGUAUCGGGCAGGAAACUCUGAAGCACCUCAAUCGUUGCAUGGAUCACCUCUGUCACAGCAAACUAUGGGCAAAUCACACAACAGCAGGACACAAGCACCAGUAGAGUAUUCUAGAAACUCCAAGAUGAGCGCAAUAUUCGAUUCCCAAGAAGACGUGUCUAAAAAGUUUUACAGUGUAAAUGAAAUGACGAAAGAAUUAGAUGCCCUACUAGCUUACAUAGAAAAGGAUGGUGGUUUCAGAGAUGCCUGCAUAACCUUCCAGCAGCGUCCUCUUUCUAUGUUUGAGGAUGGUUUGCAGAACUUUUUGGAGUUGUUGCAGGUCUUCAAGAACAAAGUAGAGGGACAAUGUUCAAGAAUUGAAGAUUUGAGGAAGAAGAUGUUUCAAGUUUCUGCUAGGCAAGCUUACAUGAAAGGAAUUGUCAGCCAAUCUUCAGAUACUCAGUACUGGGAUAUAUGGAACCGUCAGAAACUGAGUCCAGAAUUUGAAGUAAAGAGGCAAAAUAUUCUCAAAGCUAAUCAGAAUUUGACAAAUCAGCUAGUCGAGCUAGAGAGGCACUUCAAUAAUCUGGAGAUGAACAGAUUCAGUGAAACAGGAAGAUUGGCUUCUGGUCGUAGAGCUGUUUAUUCUAAUAAGUCAAGGUCGAGUCACAUACAAUUAUCCAGUGUGUACAAUGCACUGAACUCGCAAUUGGCAGCAGCUGAACAACUAUCUGAAUGCCUCUCAAAACAGAUAUCUGCAUUAAAUAUAGGUUCUCCUACUACAAAGCGAGGGGCAGUGACAAAAGAGUUGUUUGAAUCAAUUGGUUUAGCCCACACAACUGAUGCAACCAAAUUUUUAGGCAGCACUCCUAAGUCAAUUAAGCGGUUUCCGUCAGGGAAUGAGCAUUCAAAGGGAGUAUUAGGGCCUUCCAAGAGUGUUGAACCUGAGACUGCACGAAGGAGGAGAGAAUCACUGGAUAUGAGCCUGGCUAGUUUGGAACCUCAGAAAACUACUGUUAAAAGAAUAGCACAACAACAACGCCUCAAGAUCAGCAGUGAUCUGCCAUUCAGGUCAAACAAGAAAAUAUUUGAUUCUCAAAUGGCAGCUAUAUCACAGGAAAAGUCAAGCGGUAGCUCUGAUUCCUCUAUAGUAGAAUCAUAUGCAAGCAGACUGCGUUCUCCCAGUGAAGAUGUAAAAGCAAAACCAUCAGGAUCCCAACAGAACCCGUUGUUCAAAUGGGUAAAGGAAUCAACUGGGCCAUCUCAAAUCUUUGAGAAAAAACAAUUUGAGUUACCAGGGCAUAUGAAAAGCACCGCUCAAUCUUCAAAAUUGGCACCAUCUCCACCGGCAUUUGGUUACACGCAUAAGGGUGCGCAAGAUAGUGUCAGUCCCUCCAAUGUUUCAUCUUUUGGAGCAACACAUACUGUGCCUAAGUCAAAUACUUUAACUUUCAAAACAACUAUAACCCCUAAAAGCAAUGCCAACACGGAGGCAAAUAUACUACCUUCCAUGGCGACUGCAAAAGCAGCUCAGAGUCCACUGUCUGUGAAAACUCCAACUGGGGAUUCUGGAGAUUUGUCUACAUUGACUAUGAAGAACAGACAGGAUAGUCAAGCAAUGCCAUCUUUGGGGAACAUAAAAGGAUUGGAUCCUUCUCCACAGAGCAAGGGUGACAUGUUUAGAGAUCUUAGCAAAUCAUCUUUCACUUCUGAAAAUUCCAAUCCUGCUGUGUUGCAUGAGAAGAGUGGCAAGCUUAGCGGGGUUAGUGAUGGUGUGCAGAACACUGUGAAAGAAACACCCAAGGUGGCACCUCAACCUCCUGCAUUCUCUCCAACAUUUGUUACACAAACCAAUUUAUAUUCCAUAAAGCCGACUGUUUCCUCUUCAGCUACAUCAUCCUCAUCAGUUAUGCAAGGAUCAGCUGCAAAGACUUCAGAUAUUUUGUCUAGCUCAGUGCAAAAAUCAACGCCAAAAGUUUCUUCAUUAGUACCUGGGGAUAAUUUGUCUAGCUCCGUACCAUCAAUCCCAACCCCUGUUAAGGAUUUGUCAUCUGGCUUGGGUAAAAAUGCGUCCAAACCUGAAACGGUUACAUCAGAGGUAACAAGUAGCAUAGUUUCUGCAAGUAGUUCAGUCAUAUUGACCACUGAAAGCAAACCUUCACAGCCUCCAAUGACUGGUGCCACUUUGCCUUCUACUACAGUCUCUGCUCCUAAAACAGCUCCAACAACAGCAGAGCCAGUUGUCACUUCUACAGGAAAAGAUGUAGGACCAAACAACAUCUCAACCGAUGAAGAUGAUAUGGAAGAGGAGGCACCUUCCGCAAGUGCCGAACUCAAUUUGGGAGCCCUUGGUGGGCUCGGUCUCGGGUCUCAGCCUUCCCCAAGUCCUCAAAAGUAUAAUCCUUUUGGGACCUCCUUUGGUACAUCUGACAAUAAAAGUUCAGGCACACCAUUUACUUUGACAACCAGUCCAGGACAGCUUUUCCGGCCAGCAUCAUUGAGCAUUCCUUCAGCCCAGCCAGCCCAGCCAUCUCAGUCAACUAGCUCUAGUGCCUUUUCUAGUACAUUCUCAAGCGGGCUUACUGGAUUUGGACAGACUGCACAACUUGGAUCUGGCCAGCAGUCAGGAUUUGGGAAGCCUGCACAGAUUGGAGCUGGAUUUGGGCAGCCAGCACAAAUUCAGUCCGGUUUUGGUCAGCCAGCACAAAUUGGAUCUGGGCAGCAGUCAGGAUUUGGGCAGCCUGCACAAAUUGGGGCUGGCCAGCAGUCUGGGUUUGGGCAGCCUGCACAGUUUGGUGCUCAACAAGCGCUUGGAUCAGUGCUGGGUUCUUUUGGACAGUCACGCCAGCUAGGAGGUGUAGGUUCUGGAGGAUUUGGUGGAUUUUCUAGUGCUUCUACAUCUGGGGGCUUUGGUUCUUUAUCUUCAAGUAAUGCUGGAUUUGCUGGUGCUGCAGCAGGUGGGGGCUUUUCGGCGCCUGCUGCCUCUGCAGGCGGCGGUUUUGCUGCCGCUGCUACUGGUGGAGGUUUUGCUGCCCUUGCCUCCAAAAGUGGUGGUUUUGCUGCUGCAACUCCAUCUGGUGGUGGUUUUGCUGCUGCAGCUUCAUCUGGUGGUGGUUUUGCUGCUGCAGCUUCAUCUGGUGGUGGCUUUGGAGGUGCCACCCAGGGUGGUGGCUUUGGCAGUGGUGGUGGAUUCGGAUCCUUUGGUGGUAAUCAAGGGGCUGGGUUCUCGGCGUUUGGAGCAAGUGGACCUGGAAGACCACCAGCUGAUCUUUUGACACAGAUGAGAAAGUAGGCUCCAGGCAACCCCCAAAUUCCUCGUCUUCAGCAGAAGAUUCGGAAGAUCUGUGGCCCUUGUGUACAUCGAAACAUUUUUUUCCCGGGUGGUGGUGGUGCAGUAUGACUAGUUUUUGUGGCCCGACGGUGAUGUCGGGAAGUGAAUUGUAUUGUACGUACUUCAGUUACUCCGUGAGUCCUGCCUAGUGGGCACAAUUAGAGCUACAGGCCGCAGCUUAAGCGCUUAACAGUGUGGGGGAACUUUCCUGCUGCGCGUAACUGUUACAGAACACAUGAGUACAUGACGGCAUGAUGGUCUGGACGGUGGCACUUUGCUCCAUUUGACCUUGUCUUCUACUUAAUUUGUUCGCUCUU